AGAACGCCAACAGAGUUUGCUUCUAAAAACCGUAUCUUUCAAAAGAAAGAAAAAAAAACCACUUUCGAAACGUCGUCAACUCGCCGGCGGCGACUUUGUCGGAUACUAAACGAGAAUAGUAGAGUCUUCCUACAGUUUCCCUUUUCAUUUUAUUGAAUCCCCUUUUCGUUUUAGUCUGGAAAAUGACCUGUGAUUCAGAGAUCAAGCUGUUUGGCAAGAUACUUCCGGUGGUCGUCUCCAGCGACGGUAGGGCUUCAACUGGUAGUGAUGGUGUUAGAUAUGAGGGAAAUAGAAAUGGGUCUGAUCAGGAUCGAUGUUUAGAGGGAAAUAAAGCAAGCAGUCCAGAGAAAGAUGAAGCAAAUGAAGGAAGUAACUACGAAAAGCAAGAAGCUGAAAAGGAUGAUAUAACAAGAGAGGUCAGUGAAGCUAAAUUUGAGGAGGGAGAUCAAAAUCAGAUUAUGGAAGAAUCAGAAAAUCCCAAGACUUCAUCUGAAUCAGAGAACAGUCAUAAAUUUCCAACUGAUGAAGACCCUCAAGCAGUAAAAUCAUCUGAGACUGAGAAUGAACUAACUAAUGCGGCAAAUUCCGAGCAGAACAAUCUGAAGAAGCCAGACAAAAUUCUCCCAUGCCCUCGUUGCAAUAGUUCGGAUACAAAAUUUUGUUACUAUAAUAACAACAAUGUCAACCAGCCUCGUCAUUUCUGCAGGAGCUGCCAGAGGUAUUGGACUGCUGGUGGUACCAUGAGGAAUCUCCCUGUGGGAGCUGGUCGUCGCAAGAACAAGAAUCUUGCAUCUCAUUAUCGUAUUCCCGAAGGAUUACUAGCAGCAGGACUUGAAUCUCCAAAUGGAUUAAUUCAUCAUCCAAUAUUCAAACCAAAUGGCACUAUUCUAUCUUUUGGUCCUGACUUGCCCCUGUGUGAAUCUAUGUCUUCUGCAUUAAAUCAAGCAGAGAAAAGGGCAUCAAAUGGUAUCCAAAAUGGUUCUCACAAAGCUGAAGUCAUGAAUUCUUCUUGCAAAGGUGGAGAUACUAGGGAUGAGUGCUAUAGGGGUUCUAGCAUCCCGACUCCAAAUAUGAUGGUGGAAGAAGGUAAAAGAGAGCCCCACAAGGCAGUUAUGCAUGAUAUAAAUGGCAUCCUAUCUCCCGUUCCUUGCCUCCAUGGAGUACCUUGGCCUUUUCCAUGGAAUGCUGCAGUUCCUGUGUCAGCUAUUUGCCCCAUUCCCUUCCCUAUGCCAUUCUUCCCUACACCUUAUUGGAAUUGUGGUGUGUCUCCUUGGAGUAAUCCUUGGCUAAGUCCACCUAUGCGAGCAGCAAACGAGAAAACAUCAGGUUCUGAUCCUACUUCACCUUUAGGGAAGCAUUCAAGAGAAGGGGAUUUGCUUAAGCCAAGCAAUCCCGGGGGCAAAGAACAAUUAGAACAAAAGUAUUCAGAGAGGUCUAUUUUGGUCCCUAAGACAUUGCGGAUUGAUGAUCCUGAUGAAGCUGCUAAGAGUUCUAUAUGGUCAACACUUGGGAUUAAAUAUGAUUCUGCUAACAGGGGAGGGUUUUUCAAGGCCUUACAACCAAAAAGCAAUGACGAGCCCAACAACGCCAAUACAUCUCCAGUGUUGCAUACUAACCCUGCAGCUUUAUCUAGAUCUAUCACCUUCCAACAAAGUGCCUAAAGAUGAUCCUAUGAACCUCCGAAGGAUGGUCAUCCCUUGAAAUUAAGAACGACUGUGUUAUCUGAUGAGGGUUUUUAGGUCCUAGCAACCAAAAAGUAACAAAGCUAAGAUAAUGCUUUUUUCUCCCAUUGAGCUCCAACGGGAAGUACUUAAUCAACUUCAUGGAUUUCCUGCCUGAUAGACACAGCGCGCAGAUCAGUUGCAAAGCUGAGAGGCUAAUAUCUCUCAAGUGAUCCAAUGAAACCCGGGGAAUGCCAUGAGGAAGCUAUGUUUAUAGUUUUCCUGGUAACAAUAAGAGCUGGCUUGGUUUCUACUUUUGUGUGUUUUUUAAUGUACAUACCUUUUUACAGCUAACACUAGAAGGUGAAAGACAAAGAUGUUUAGAUCCAACAGGUGUAACAUAUUUAAAUCAAUGUCAAAAGUUAGUUUGGAGAGCCACUCCCUAUUAGUA